AUGCAGGCGCUGGCUGGAGCCUUCGACCCCGACUUGCAGGGCUUCCGGCCUGGCACGGUGGUUCUGCACGCCCCGUCAGGCCCCGUGAGGUGGGACCUGUCCCGCAGGGUCCUGGACUGCUGGGCACAGGGCACGCUCUUCCACAACCUGUUCUCCUACGUCUUCCUCCUCUCAGCUGGGGAGCUGCGGGGGCUGGGGGAGCAGAGCCUAGGGGACCUGAUAGCCCGGGCCUGUCCAGACUACCAGGUCCCUGUGGCCAAGAUCCUGUCCCAGCCACAGCGGCUGCUGUUCGUGAUGGACGGGCUGGAGGAGCUGGGUGAGGGCUGGUGUGAGGAGCAUGCAGGGCUCUGCGUGGACGGCGGGGAGCGGCGCCCCGCGCCCGCCCUGGUGCACAGCCUGCUGCAGAGGGUGCUGCUCCCUGAGUGCUCGCUCCUCCUCACCACCACCAACGCGGGCAUCCAGCAGCUCAAGUGUGUGGUGGUGUCACCCCGAUACCUGGUGGUUGGGGGGCUAUCCAUGGAGAGUGGGACCGAGCCGGCUGACCAGACUCUCACUGGCCGCUACGCUGCCUUCCUGCUCCGCCGGCUGGCCCCGGGGAAGCUGGCCACCCUGCGGGUCCUGUGCAGCCUGGCCGUCCAUGGCCUGUGGGGCGAGAGGAGCCUGUUCCCUGGCCAGCAGCUGCAGGCCCAUGGGCUGCUGGAGGCCGAGGCAGAGGCCCUGGUGCACUCUGGCCUCCUCUCCAAGCAGGAGGGAGGCUACGCAUUCCUCCACUCCAGCUUCCUUGCCUUCUGCGCUGCCCUGUUCUACGCAGUAGAGGCGCUGGGGCCUCAGGGCCAGGGUCCCCAUGGCCGACUCAGGCCCAUGCUGGCCCCACAGCCUGGCCUGGCCUCGCUCCUGCCCUGGGUGAGGCGCUUCCUGUUUGGCUUCCUGAGCCCAGGCGUGGCCCGUGUCUUGGAGACCCAGCUGGGCAGCCCAGUCAGCCCAGCACUGCAGCCGCUUCUGCGGCGCUGGGUCUCGGGGCUUGGCGCUGCCCCGGCUGACGCCCUGGACGCCUUCCACCUCCUCUUCGAGACGCAGGACGCCGCAUUUGUGCGCAGGGCACUGAGCGGUGUCCAGCACGUGCGGCUCCCAAUUGGCAGUGGGGCGGACUUGCUGGUGUCCACCUUCUGCCUCCAGUCCUGCCUGGAGCUGCGCAGCCUCCACAUCAACAUCCGACAUCUCUUCUUGCCGGAUGAGCUGCCGGAGCCUAGCCUGGCCAGCCCCUGCGGGCCGGGGACCACGGUCAACUUGAGGGCACAGUGGGAGAACUUCUGCUCCAUGCUCAGCACCCACCACAGCCUGCUCCAGCUCCACCUGGGCAGCAGCGUCCUGAGCGAGUGGGCCACGAAGAUGCUGUGUGUACAGCUGAGGCGCCCAGCCUGCAGCCUGGAGGGGCUGAUACUGAAGGAUGCCGAGGUCUCCGGCCUGCGGCACCUGUGGCCGGUCCUUGCCACCCAGCGGAACUGGCGGCAGGUGGACCUGGCCAGCACCGCACUGUGCGACCGGGACCUGGAGUCUGCCCGCGAGGCCCUGAAGCACCCCCGCUGCUCACUGACUUCUCUGCGGCUGGAUUCCUGUGCGCUGAGCCUCGCGGGAGCCCGCACCCUGUCCCAGGCCCUCAGUCCCUGCACCAGCCUGACCUCACUCAGCCUGGCAAGAAACAAGCUGACGGCACAGACCCUGCAGCCCAUCUGUGACGCCUUGAGGAGCCCGCAGUGCUCCCUGAAGAGGUUGAUACUGGCCAGCUGUGGCCUUACAGACGCCGCCUGCCGGCUGCUGGCCUUGACGCUCAUGAGCAACUGCAGCCUGACGCACCUGUGCCUGGCAGACAACGCGCUGGGCACUGACGGGCUGCACCCCUUGUGCCGCCCGCUGCGGCUGCCCGGCAGCACGCUCCAGCGGCUUGUACUGAACCGCUGUCACCUGGACGUGACCAGCUGCGGGCUCCUGAUGUUGGCACUGAUGAGCAACUCCAGCCUGACGCACCUGAGCCUGUGUGCAAACCCCCUGGGGGAUGGCGGGCUACGGCUGCUGUGUGAGGCCCUCCAAGUGCCAGUCUGCCGCAUCCAGGACCUGGAGCUGGCAAGCUGCAGCCUCACCCAGGCCUCCGGCCUGCACCUGGCCUGCGUGCUGGCCCAAAGCCAGCAGUUGCAGAGCCUAGACCUCACCGCCAAUGCCCUGGGGGACCUCGGGGUGGCCAAGCUGUGCAAGGGGCUGAAGCAGGAGUACGGAUCCCUGCGGAGACUCGGUUUGGAGGCGUGUGGUCUGACCUCGGAGUGCUGUGCUGUGCUGUCGUCCACCUUGUCCUACAACCGGUACCUGACUAGCCUGAACCUGCUGCGCAAUGACUUCAGCCCCUCGGGGGUGGCCACACUCUGCUCUGCCUUUGCACACCCCUCCUGUGGCCUGCACGUGAUUGGCUUGUGGAAGCAGCAGUACCCCCCUCCGGUCAGAAAGCUGCUGGAGGAGACACAGCAGCAAAAACCCCAAUUGACCAUCAGGGAUGACUGGUAUUCCCUUGAGGAAGACGACCGGUACUGGUGGAAAAACUGAAGGCUUGGAGACACACACACACACACACACACACACACACACACACACACACACACACACACACACACAC